CGCAGGUAUACAUGUAUGCAAAUCUGUGUAAAACUUAAAGCGUAUAAAUACAAAGACACACGACAGCCACCUCUUUCCACUAACCAACCCUUCUUCUCUGUGGAGACAGUGACGGGUGUAAAUCAGUGUGUACCAGUGUUGUAACAUUCACGACUCUAACACAGUGUCUUCGCUUGUAUAUAUUUAUUCAUACUUGCUCAGAAUACUUUAUAUAUCUAUUGCAAGUAUAUUUGUAUGUGCGACAACUUAACGGUUUAAUUGAACACGUCGAAUUUAGGAAUAUUACGGUUUCAUAUGUGUACAUGUAGUUGCUGGUGCUGACUAUGAGUUAAAUAGAACAUCAUUAUCACCAACUUUUCUGCAGCUCAUUUUCACUCAUUUGAAAAAUGGCCACUAACAUGGCAGAUGUUUCGGAUGCCGCAACCAUUUCGGGUGACUAUGAUGGAAAUGUCGACGUUUCCAGUCAGUCAUCAGCAAUUGCUGACAACAAAAACGAAAACAAAAAAAGGAAGUUUAAUCCACUGGUUGCUGUGCGGAAAUUUUUCAAGGGUAACAAAAAGAGAUCUAAAUUGAAAGACAAUGAAGAAAUAAGUAUUGUAUCUAUGAGAGCAAAAUCUACCAGUGCCUUACACCGCCAGUCUGUUGAAGACUAUGAUGAGGAAGAUGACGGAGGGUUUCUCCUCUCGAGGAGAUCACUUCGGAAAAAUAAGAGCCGUUCAGAAGAUAGUGUACUUAUGGAACAGCAUGCCUCCAAAGCUGGUUUCCUCCGAAAACUGGCAUAUUCUGUUGAAGGAAUUGAUAAAAGUUUGCAUAUGUCACGUUCGGGCAAGUUAUCUGGUCAUGGAAGCCAACAGAGUUUGAAUAGUUCUGACAGCUAUGAGGGGUUUGCAACACCUGCAAAAGACUUGAAUAGCAGUAUAUGCAGUUAUGGCGACAAGCAAGAAACCCCAGAUAAUGUUCAUGGAAUCGAUUUAGAAGCUGUAGCAAAGACUCCAUCUUUGAAUACUGAUGCUGCUAAGUUCAAGAUUUCUGUCAGGCCAAAAUCACGAAGAGGUAGUCGACAGCACAGAAGAAACUUCAGCAGUAAAAUAUCAACAACUCUUCCAAGUCUAAAUGAAGAACAGUGUAUCGGACAGGAAUUUGGAGAUAUUUUACAAAAGUCUGUCAGCCUUGAGCCUAAUACAUCAGAUGAAAUUGAAACUUUAGAUGACAUUCCUUCACUUAAGGAGAGUAACAAUGAUUCAUCAGGACUUCCAAUAAAAUAUUCUGAAGAUAAGGAAAAUAAGAUGUUGAUACCAGGAAUCACCUUAUCAAACAAAUCUUUAUCACAGGAGAAUUUUUUGACAAAUUCAACUGUUGAUAUCAAAGAUACAGUUGAUCUUAGUCUUAAACUGUCUCCAGUACCUAAGUCACCUGUAAAACUAUCACUCUAUGAUAACGUUUCUCCUGAGUGUACAUCAUCUGCUACCAACAUUAGCUCCACACAUUCUGUUUCACCUGAACUUAGUGAAGCUUUUAAUCGUAUUAUUAAAGAAAGAAAUACUACAAAUGCUGAUGAUAGUGAAAAAGUUUCUAACAAUCAGAUAUUUGAAUUGGAAAAAUCUAGUCCUGAAAAGGAACAAGAGCAAAGCAUAGAAGAGAUAUCUCCAAUAAAAUUUGAUUUUCAGGCCAUCAAAGCAGCUUCAACACCAAUUUUUAAUCUUAAAAAAGACAUAAAUACCAAUACAAAGGAGGUAAACAUUGAAAAUGAAAAUGUUUCUAAAGAUCCACUGCUUGAAUUGGAAGAAUCCAAUCCUGAAAAGGAAAAUGAAGUAAAAAUGAGCUUAGAAGAAAUAUCUUCAAUUAAUAUCAAUUAUCAGGAUGUUACAGAACAUUCCACAGUUGACUCUGAUUUGGGUGAACAUUGUAUUAAGAAAGAGUCACCAAAUCAUGAUGAAACCUCUGUCUCACCUGAACAUUCCGAUAACGACCUAUUGAAGAAAAAAUUGUAUAUAAAUUCUGAAUCUGACAAUAAACUAAGUACAAAUGUAGAAGAUUCCAAUGACAAUUUGUCAAAGGAAAAUGCCGAAUACUUAAUGAUAUCUGAAUCUUCUAUAAGUCAGGACCAAAUAUUGCUUGAUUCUUCAUCAAAUCUCUCCAAAAUACCUUACAGUGAAAGUACAUCUUUCGAUUCAAAUUUUGUCCAUCAGAAGGAACUUCUCUCCCCAAAACCCCGAACUAAAAGUCAAGGGUCAGAAGAGAACUCUAUAACAGAGUCAUUAAUUCCAUUAUGGUUUCAGUAUGAUAACAGCAGUAUUUUGGAAACUCCUUUAACAGUUCCAGGUAAAGGCAUAUUGAUGGGUAAAAGGCUUCAAACGGAGAACUUUUCCUCACAUGGUUCUUCUGAGCCUGCAUGGGUACAAAUGGCCAAGAAAAAACAAGCUUUCCAUGAAAAAGUGGAUACAAAUAAAGAAUUAGACCAAAAUGAUUUGCCAAAGGAAAUAACUGCUUCUAAAAGUGAAGGUUCGAAAGAAGUACUUAUGGAAAAAAAGUUGAGCAUUCCAAAAAUGCAUAAAGAAAUUUUAAAUGUAAAUAUGAAAAGUCCCAGUGCAUUGUCUGAGAUUGCAACCGGUACACCAACAACCACUGCAGUAAGUGUUCCUCCUUCUACUCAUUCAUCUGUUCCACAUCUUUCGUAUAAACACUGCUCUGCCACAAACACAGUGAAAUCAAUUCCUAUUUCUAAUGCAAGUACAAACAUUAGUCCGAUAACCAUUACUAGGACUACGUCAACUGUUACUACUACCACUACUAUUUCCGCUUCUACCAAUAUUAGCAAUACAAGUAUCAGUACUGGGCAGCCUACUGAUGUUUUAAAUAAAUUAAGCUCUGUUUCACAACCGCCUCACAAAGAGAAAGCAUCUACAACAAAUGUUUCAAAAUGCUUAACACAAAAGACAUUGGUCCAACGACCAUUGUCUGCUGAAAUCACAGGGCAACAGUUAUCUUCUUCUGUUAAGACAUUUUCACAAUCUAAGUCUUCAGUCCAAUCUUCCAAUACUAAUAUGACAAGAGCAAUGUCUGUGAAAGAAUUGUCACCAUCUUCAAGAGACAAUGAUAAAGUUAUCCAAAAGAACAUUCCAAAAAGGAGUAAAUCAAUUAUUGAUAACCAGUCCAAUACAUCUUUAAAAGUGGCUCCUGUAAACAAUGAUGCUAAUGAUUUGUCUGUUUGUCAGAAUAAUACUAAUAGACUUUCAGCUCUUUUUGAAGCUAAAACUUCAGCACAAACUUGUGGUGUAUUUAAAGAAAAAAUCAGUCCUUCAGUAACUAAACCAACUUUUGGAAAGACUCCUGUGCCAGUUCCUCCUAAAAAAUCAGCUUCAACAAUUACUUCUAAUGCAUCUAAUGUUACGACAGCCACUAUUACCACAUCAAGCAAAGAAACAUUACCAGCUCAAUCCUCAACUAUUCAAAAGGAUGUAUCAUCUUGUAGGACAGAUAGCCAAGAAGGAUCAAUAAAAGAAGUGCCGAAGAAAAUUGGUAUUCUUAAUUACUUGAAACCUCUAGAAAGUAAAAUUGUCUCUCUAAAACAGAAGCCUAGUCUGGAAGGAUCAGAACAAGGAGAAACUACACCAUCUUGGAAGUCAGAGAUUAAUCUGAAAAAGAAAGAUGUUAUUGAGAAACCUGUGAAGAUUGAGAUUGUUCCAAAGAGUGAAGUCAGUAAAGCAUCCUCAGUUCUGGAGCAAAGUUCAUCCACUGAUACAAAUAAUGAGAAAAAUCAGACAAACACUGAAAAGUGCAAAGUGGAAAAAUGCAGUGAUCUCAAUGCAAGAAAAACCUCAGUCUUGGAUAUAGUUAAAAACUUUCAGAAGUUGCAAGCCACUUAAAGUGGUUAUAUAAUUCCUAGAGUUUGUGUUCAUGUGAUUGUGUUGUUGUUGUUUCUUUAACCCCCAGAUCAACACUGAUAAGGAAAACUUAUGUUUAAAUGCAUUCCAACCAUGAUCAGCAACAUCUAUCAAGUGUCUACAAAAUCCAAUAUAUCAGAAAUUUUUUUCAGAAUAUACAAUGUAAUUCGAGGAAGAUUUAACUGCUAUACUUGUCAGUCAUUAACAAGGUAGAUUUCCUCACUGAUUCAUGUAUAUGUAUAGUGUUCGUGCAUAUAGUUUCAUAUGCAUAUGAGCUUGCAAAUUUAUUAGUAUAUAAAUGUAUACAUGAUAUGCAUACAAAUGCACAUAUAUAUCUAUAUAUGCAUGCAUUAUUUGAGAAUGUGUUUGUGUUUAUGUCUAUUAUCGAUAAGAAUAUAGAUUUCAAAAAUAAAA